AACUUGAUUCUGUUUUUUCGUUCUCACGUAAAUCUGCGACUCGUCAUUCGCCAUUCCCGUUCAAGAAUUAAGCGUUCAUUCAAAAUAAAUCCGAGUCGAGCUGCUGCUGCUGAUUUAUAUAUACAUACUUAAUACCUAUUUACUCUAUCCUACUUUGCUACUGUCAUCUACUGUCAUCGACGCUUGACGUUUUAACGGCCCGUGGCUUUUCGCCUUCGGUCCGGCAGUCGGCACUCCGGCGUAGUGCCGAGACUGCCGAGUGGCGACGUGGCGAGUGCAUAGAUCACGUAGAUGUUGAUGUUGAGGUUGAGUACACAGCGGCUGUAUUCCACUAUGAGCGUAGAUACCACUUUGUAUACGUUACCGAACACGCAACCUGUCGUCGGGCUAGAAUGCGACACUGCGUUCAAAUCUUUGACGCAGAAGGAAAAGUUGUACGCUCAUUACUUGAGCCAAGCCGCAUGGAAUGGAGGAUUGAUAGUAUUGAUACAGACAUCGCCGGAAUCUCCACUAAUAUUCGCCAUGUUACAUAAAAUUUAUCUCGCGGAACCUAUCGACGAAUUGAAAGAUGCUGCAGGGCAUGCCGGUAUCACCGACGAUGACUUUACGGCCUUCUUGGUUUACAGCUGUGGGAUAUUUGCAAAUGCAGGAAACUAUAAGGCCAUGGGUGAUACUAAAAUUAUCCCGAAUUUUCCACAACGUGCGUUUGAGACGAUAGUGAAAGCGUCCAAGGCUUAUAGGAAUAAUCCUAAAGAGAUACAAGAUAUAUGGGACAACAUUUCGAAUGCCUUGUAUUCCUUAGACGGCAAAUUGAAAUCAUUGGGAUUAGGUGACAAAGGUGUGACAACUUAUUUCUCUGCAAAUUGUACCGAAGAAGAUGCGGACAGAGUGAACGCGUUCAUGCAACAUAAAGGAUUGGAAUCCUGUAACGCAAGGUGCUUCAAGACAGUAGGGCGCCGCGACAGAGAUCCCGCGAGUAACGAUAACGUCGCCGUGUACGAGAUCAAAUUGGCGUCGGUGGAGACGUCGGACGAUCCUAAGAUAACCCUGCCCGAGGAAACGUACGGAAAUGCCAAAUUUAAAAUUACGAGAGGAGACUACAGCAAACUCAUGGUGCCUGUUGUGGAAAACCUUGAGAGAGCUAAAGAGUAUGCGUCCAAUCAGAUUGAAAAAGAUAUGCUGGAUAAGUACAUCGAUCAUUUUAGAACGGGAUCUUUAGAUGAUCAUAAGAACGGUUCUCGUCUUUGGAUAAAGGAUAAAGGACCGUCUAUCGAGACCUACAUCGGCUUCAUAGAGACGUAUCGAGACCCCGCGGGUCAGCGAGGAGAAUUUGAGGGUUUUGUGGCGAUGGUCAACAGACAGAUGUCCGAGAAAUUCGCUACACUGGUCAACAAAGCCGAGGAAUUUAUCCCUAAGCUCCCGUGGGACAAAGAUUUCGAGAAGGACACAUUCUUGAGGCCGGACUUUACCUCUUUAGACGUUCUAACGUUCGCGGGUUCCAGUAUUCCAUCGGGAAUCAAUAUUCCCAAUUACGACGAGAUCAGGCAGUCCGAGGGCUUUAAAAAUGUAUCGUUAGGGAACGUUAUACCCGCGCAUAUGAAGGAUACUCACGCGAUUCCGUUUCUAUCGGACGUCGAUCAGGACCUGAUGCAAAAGUAUAGAAUAGCUAGCUUUGAAGUGCAAGUUGGUCUGCACGAGCUUCUUGGUCACGGUACCGGUAAAUUAUUCAAGCAGACGGGGCCGGAUACCUACAACUUCGACCGCGGUCACGUGAAAAAUCCUCUUACCGGUAAUAAAAUAGACAAAUUUUUUCUGAAGGGAGAGACCUACGAUUCUAAAUUUGGUUCUCUGGGAUCCACGUACGAGGAGUGCAGGGCAGAAGCGGUCGGUCUUUACUUGAGCUUGGAGAAAGAGGUACUGAGCAUAUUCGGUCACGAGGGACAAGUAGCGGAGGAUAUAAUCUACGUCAACUGGUUGUCUCUGUUGUGGAACGGUCUCGCCAAGGCUCUCGAGAUGUAUCAGCCAUCUACGCAAACGUGGUCCCAAGCUCACAGUCAAGCGCGUUACGUUUUGCUUCGAGUAUGCUUGGAGGCGGGUCAGAACUUGGUCAAUGUCGUUGAGACUGAGGAAGGGAAAAACCUCCGUAUGACUGUCGAUCGAAGCAAAAUCUUCACGGUCGGCAAAAAGGCCGUUGGUGAUUUUCUCCUGAAGCUGCAAGUUUACAAGAGUAUGGGAGAUGUUGAGUCGGCUAAAGAAAUGUAUGGCAAGUACAGCCAAGUGCCGGAAAGCGGACCGCAUCCAUGGGCUCGUUGGAGAGACGUAAUUCUCUCUCGCAAGGAACCAAGGAAGAUUUUCGUUCAAUCAAAUACAUUUGUCGAUGGUUUCGAUCCUAAUAACGUGAUACUAAAGAAUUAUGAGUCGUCGUUCACCGGGCUUAUUCAAUCGUGGAUCGAGAGAUUUCCAAGUUCAGACAUAUCUCAAACGUUGAUAGAACUCUGGAACAAAGACAAACGUCAUUUUGCGUCAGCAGAUAAUUAAUCCGAGUAUUUGCCUGUCCGACGGUUAAAUCGUUAAAACGUCCGUGUAACUAUCUCGUCUGUCCGGUUAUUUAUUAGAACGGCCGAUGUGUGUUACACGUACGAAAAUAUUAUUUUCUUACGUUUUAUUCCUUACAGUUUACACAAAGUAGGAACAAGUGCCUGCUUUCAAGGUUGAAUGUGUACAUACAUAUGGAGUGUGACAGUUUAACUUUUUUAAAGUUGUAUCGUUGUAUGGCUGCAGCGAGUGUAUCGUAUCGUAUCGUGAUCCAUAUACCGAUCUAGCGUGACAUUCGUAGCUAAAUUAAUCUAUCCUGUCCAAAGUUUGCAUACGGAUAGCUAAUUUGCUGUUAAAUGCCUUUUUUUAAACACUUUAUCAGCUAGUGGAGUAUCGUAGACGCCUUCGACCCGUCCUUUGGAUUAUAUAACGUAAGAGCUAAACGUCUGAGACGAGAGUACGAGAAGAUGGAUUUAAAGUUGGGAUUUAUUUCGAGCUCUUGCAUGAGAUAUAAAGAUUACUGUAUGUUAUAUAAAAGUAUACAACUACAUAAUAAAUACAAGUUGGAGGUAUUCGUAA